CAAACCAGCCUCAUGGGGAAUAAAAUCACUUGCUGUACAGGAAAGCCUGAACUACCAGCAGAAGAUACAAAGGAGAACAUACAAUAUUGAGAAGAUAGUCAUGUUAUAAUUAAUACAGCAAAAAGUACAAGCUCAAGUUCAGAAGAUAUUAAACACAAAAGAAUCAUUCAAAAAAAGAAUAAAACGAAGAGGAAAUUAAAUUCCCACUGUGUUAUGAAAAUAUCUUCUCUAAACUCAAAAGAGAAGAAAAGUAAUGAGAAUUUGAAGAGAAAAUCUAACACCAAAGAUUCUUUAUACCCUUCAGCGCCUUCAAAAACAAUGAAGAGGGCGCCCUUAAAGGCUAUUAAUUCCACCCCUUCAUCAGCCACUGUACAUAAGUCACCUUCCUCCUUAUCUCUGCCUACUUCUGAUGAUCUUACCAAACAAUUCAUAUCCGAAAUGAAGGAAGGGAAAAGGAAAGUUAGAGGCAAGCUCAGAACUUUUAACAGCAAGAGAGGGCUAAUGCGCUGUAAAGAUACAGUUAAAGAGGUGGGACUUGAGGAUUAUAGGGAAUAUUGAAAUGAGUUGAAAAAAUCAAAGAAAAAUAGAGAAUUAUUUCUGGUUUAAAUAUUCAA